AUGUCAACCGUGUUAGAACGAUCCUCCUCCCAGUCCAUUGGAGGAGACUUGGCAUUAAAUCCAGUGUCGAACUUGCAUGGUGGCUCAUCUAUCGCGUCGGGUCUAGAAAAUUCUCAUUCACAAAAGGACAAGAGGAGAUGGCACCCUUCGCGCCUAUCGCCUUUUCGCUCGCGAAACGACAAUAGAUUUCUCGAAAACGAUACCCAGCAGCCUCUUUCAAGAGAGGGGAGUCGGACCAGUCGCACCACCACCAGGGAGGAGUGGUGGAAGGUGCAUUUGUUUCGAGGCAUGAUUAAUGACAUCAAGAGGAGGGCACCUUUUUAUUGGAGUGAUUGGAGUGAUGCAUGGGACUAUAGGGUCGUGCCCGCCACGGUAUAUAUGUAUUUCGCAAACAUUCUUCCUGCUCUAGCUUUCUCGUUAGAUAUGUUUGAAAAGACAAAUCAUAGCUAUGGAGUAAAUGAAGUGCUUCUUGCCUCCGUCUUGGGUUCCGUGGUGUUUGCAGUUCUAGCAGCGCAGCCACUCGUUAUUGUCGGUGUUACUGGUCCAAUCACUGUUUUCAACUAUACAGUAUAUGACAUUAUGAGUCCUCGUGGUACCAAUUAUCUCGCCUUCAUGUUCUGGAUUGGACUUUGGUCUUUGAUUUUUCAUUGGAUACUUGCCGUUACAAAUGCCUGCAAUGGACUCACAUACGUGACCCGUUUUUCGUGCGACAUAUUCGGCUUUUAUGUGGCCUUUAUUUACCUCCAAAAGGGAAUCCAAGUCUUGACUCGUCAAUGGGACAUGGCCGGGGAUACGUCUGCCUACCUCAGCGUUAUGGUGUCCUUGCUCGUUUUGAUGAGUGGUUAUGUUUGCGGUAUGCUUGGCGAAAGCACACUGUUUCAAAGAUAUGUGCGGAAGUUCAUUGAAGACUAUGGUACGCCAUUAACCAUUGUCUUUUUCACUGGAUUCGUACAUUAUGGUCGCAUGAAGGAUGUCCACGUCGAGACUUUACCAACCUCCAAGGCUUUCUUCCCAACAGCAGAACGAAACUGGCUUGUUGAUUUGUGGGAUAUCAGUGUUGGCGAGGUUUUCCUCGCGAUCCCGUUUGCUAUUCUCUUGACUAUCCUAUUCUACUUUGAUCAUAACGUAUCAUCUCUCAUAGCCCAAGGCACAGAAUUUCCACUCCGCAAACCCGCCGGUUUUCACUGGGACAUCUUCCUCCUCGGUAUCACCACUGGGGUUGCUGGGCUCUUGGGUAUUCCCUUCCCUAAUGGACUCAUCCCACAGGCGCCCUUUCACACUCAGGCUCUCUGUGUAACCCGACAAAUCUCUGAUGAUGACGAAACCAACAAGGGUAAAGCUAUUCGUAUUACAGACCAUGUGGUUGAACAAAGAGUCAGCAACCUCGCUCAGGGGUUGCUCACACUUGGCACAAUGACCGGUCCUCUUCUUGUGGUUUUGCAUCUCAUCCCUCAAGGUGUCCUCGCAGGACUUUUUUUCAUAAUGGGCGUCCAAGCCCUACAAGCGAACGGAAUCACCCAAAAACUACUUUUCCUUGCCCAGGACCGUAGUUUCAGUCCUGGAUCUAACCCACUGAAAAGACUAGAACGCCAAAGCGCGAUUUGGGCUUUUGUGAUUAUUGAACUUAUCGGGUUCGGUGGGACAUUCGCGAUUACGCAAACAAUUGCAGCGAUUGGGUUUCCGGUAAUUAUUCUGCUACUAAUCCCCGUACGCUCGUUUAUCAUGCCGUAUUGGUUCAGACCAGAGGAGUUGGCGACUUUGGAUGCUCCGACGGCAAGUCCGUUUACGAUGGAAUCUGUAGGUGGGACAUUUGGCCUUGUUGCGACGGAAGAUGUACUUGAUCGGCAGCAAUCGGCACAUUCGGGGAACAGGCACGGAGGUAUUUUAGUAGGGGGUGGCGAGUCAUUGAAUCAGGCUGCACGGUCCUCGGAGGAAUCCGUCGUGGACGAUGAGUUGGAAAGAGGUGAGUCGUAUCGGUUGUCGUCACGGCGGAGCGCGCGGAAGAGAAGUACAACUACGAAGUACUAG